UUCACGCUCUUGAGUGCAUGCUGGGUAAUUAGGGCAAGCAAAUCCAAAAUGGCGGAUACGAACAACACUCUUUUGCUCGAUCUGAAUACUUAUAGUUCAAUAUAGAAGUCACAGCUACAUUUUGAGCUCUUUAUGUUAUUGCCAUCUCGCUCAAAAGUCGUUGACAGUUCAAUAUCCCAACAACACGAUCAUGGCCACGCACCUCGAAGAUUUUUUGGAACUUUCAUGUGGGGAAUUGCAGUUUUAUCUUAAACAGCGAGGUUUGCCCUCUGGAGGGACACACUCGGAUCUUGCUGCUCGUGCUUUGGUAGCUUUUGAACAUAAAACGCCUAUUCGAGAUUCGGCCGAAAGCCAAGCCAAGUCACUACAAAAUGAACAUGUAGAACUACUACGCACAUGCGGUAUAAAGGAUCCGUUAUCCAUGGUCGAUUGGGAGGACUGUGUAACAAAGUGGCCGCAUACAAACAUUGGUCAAAUAUUCUCGUUUAUACUUGGAAAAAAAGCUUUCGACACUGACUAUAUUGGUCAAUAUAAAAUCAGAAAAGCGUAUUCAUACUUUAAAAGUGGUUUUGUGCACACUGUAUACUCAAAAACAAUUCAUGGACAAGACAAAGUUCUGUUGUUUGCAUCUGUCACUCCAUCUCAAAGAAUUCGCGAAGAACCUCAUAAAGUGUGGAUAAUUUGUAAAUCUCCCGGUGAAAUUCUUGGGGCAUAUUGUAGCUGUACAGCUGGAUACAGUCAGUGCUGUAAUCAUGUCAUAGCCCUUUUAUAUAAAGUUGAGUUUGCCAACCAGAAAGGUUUCACAGAUCCUUCCUGCACAGAUAAGGCAUGUGUGUGGAAUAAUACUAGCAAGAAAGACAUCCAACCCAUGAAAUUAAAGGACAUGGUGUUCCAAAGCCACAAGGUAGUCAAAGAAAACCCAAGUUAUGCUAUUAAUAGCAAGGAAAAACAGAACUUUGAUCCUCGGCCAGAAUCCUUGAGGGUUGUUACCGAAGAAAGCAAGCAAAAGUUUCUAGCUUCUCUUCGAAACAUAAAUCCUGAUGCUGUCAUCCAUAUUUCAUAUGCACCACCAACUUCUGAUGAUGUUCCCCCAUCACUACAAAUUAUAGCUGAUGAUAUAUCCUCUAAAAACAAUGGUGUAGAUGCUGAUGAAUUAGUGAGACAAUUUCUGGAACAAUUAUCUUUCAAUGACAGUAGCAUUAAAGAAUUAGAAAAGGCCACAAGGGAUCAGGCUAACUCCAGUAUAUGGAAAGAGCAAAGAAAAGGUAGAAUAACUGCAUCUCAUUUUCAUGAAGUAUACACAAAGACAAAAACAAUUCUUAGAAAAAGAAAGCCAAAUUGCAAAGUAACACCUCUUCUUGAGCGAAUUUUAGAUUGUACCGAUCUGUCAAUGAUACCUGCCAUUAAAUGGGGAAGAGAACAUGAGAGAGAUGCUGCUGCAUCAUUCUUUGCACAAGAAUCCAAAAAACACAAAAAUGCAAAGCUUCAGACUUGUGGCUUGUUUAUAUCUAAAACUUACCCUUUUGUGGGAGCUACCCCAGAUGGUAUUUUUCACUGCGAUUGCUGUGGUCAUUCUUGUAUUGAGUAUAAAUGUCCAUACUCACUUGCAGACAUGAAAUUUGAUGAGCAUUGGAACAAUACAACUUAUCUAGAAUUAGUGAAUGGGAAUAUCAUGCUCAAGAGAACCCACAGUUAUUAUUACCAGAUACAAGGACAAAUGGCCCUAACAGGAUGUCCUAAAACCUUUUUUGUUGUUUGGACUCCACUUAGUGGUGCUCAUAUUGAAAUUAUUGAGUUUGAUUUAAAACUGUGGCAAGAUAUCAUACCAAAUCUAACAAUUUUUUUCAAGACUUAUGUUGCUAGGGUGUUGCUAGGUACUAGGCCUAUUUAUUAUUGUGCUGUCUGUGAAAAACCCUGUCUUGAGCCAGAUGAAAUUGAAUGUGAUGAUGAAAACAGUGUUCAGUGUGAAUGUUGUAUGCUAUGGUUUCACUGGGCCUGCUCAAAUUUUGAACAAGAAUCAACAUUCAUUUGCAGAUUUUGCAAUGAACAAGCAAUAGAUAAUGAUUAAAAUUAUAGAGUGGAAGCAAUAUGACCUCAACAAACUACUAAAUAGUACAAAAUAGUGCGGAUGAAACCAAAACAUUAUAGUAUUUAGUAUUACUAAAGUUUCAAAGUUAUUGUUUGAACAUUGUUGUAGCUAUAUACAAACAUGUUUGUGUAAUUCCAUAAAGGAAUUGUAUUCUAGAAGAUGUGUAAAUAAACUUGACUACCAUAGCUUAUAA